AUGAGUCAGUUGUUAAAGAAUGUCAUUCCAAAGACGGGACGACAGGUAACCCGCUUAGGUUUUGGUAGCUACCGUGUCUCUCAGCCGCUUCAUGCCGAAGCAUUAACUGCUGCAUUAGAAGGAGGAGUGAAUAUUAUCGAUACAGGAAACAAUUUUGAAAAUGGUGGUAGUGAAAGAUUGAUUGGUAACACAUUAGAUUCUCUGUUAAAAAAAGGAAAAUUAUCACGAGAGUCAAUUACACUUGUUACAAAAUCAGGUUAUUUGGGUGCAGCGGAUAUUGAGCCUUUUAAUGCAAAUGAGGAUUAUGUUCAAUUGACAGAAAAAAGCUUUCAUUCUAUCAGUCCUCGAGUUCUGGAAAAACAGAUUGAGUCUUCACUCGAACGAUUAAAGACCGAUAAACUCGAUAUAUUCAUGAUCAAUUCCCCUGAACGAAUGAUGUUUUCCAAGAACAGAAGAUACACAUCAUCACAGUUGUACAAGGACUUAUCUCUGAGUUUUCUUUAUCUUGAUGGUCUUGUAAAAAGUGGCACCAUUGGCGGUUAUGGCGUAUGCUCUAAUACGCUAGCAUUACCUGCAGCAGCUGAUCAUAUCUCGUUAACGGAUAUUAUCAAGACCUGUCCAAACCCAUCUAACUUUGUUGCGGCACAAGUUCCCUUUAACUUGUUUGAGCGCGAAGCAGUUGUUGCCAGUGAAAAUGAUGAAAGAAGAACCGUAGCUGAAAUUGCAAAAGAAAACGACAUAUACUUAAUGACAAACCGACCUUUAAACGCUAUUGCCCAUGGUCAAAUUCGUGUAUUAACCAACCAUGAGUUGGGAGCAAAUGGAAAAGGACCAGCCGAGCACGAAAUUAUGUCAAAAAUGCAAGCUUCAUUUGAAAAGGUUGCUAAAUUAGAAUCGGACGUCAUGUCAGAAUUGCCCGUAGAGGAGGAAGCUUUAACUGCUAAAUUUGUGUGGGGCCAAGUCCUGUCCGAGAAUUUGGCUCGUUUAUCCCAAAAUCAUUUCGCAACAAGACACUAUUUAAACAACCAGGUUUUGCCUGCACUCCAAAAAGAUCUUGAGCACCUUGAUCAUUUCGCUACUGAAUUGCAAAAUGAUCAAGAAUUAGCCGCUUAUCAACAUUGGAUCGAGGACUAUAGAAACUCCGUCACCUCAUUAACAAAAGAUAUCGUGGAUUACGCAUACAUUGAUACCCUUCGUAAAAACAAUGAACUGGAUCGUAUCUUAUGCGCCCUGUCUCCCACCUUGAAAGAUACACCCAAAGAUGCUUAUUCUCCACUUUCCAUAAAGGCCCUUCGAUUCCUAUUGUCACACACAGAGGUAGGUACUGUCUUUACUGGCAUGAGAGAUCCCACCUAUGUGAAGGACGCUCUUUUUGCAGCAAAGCAAGAAUUAAUCGAUGAGGAGGAUAUCGAUGAUGUAUGGCGUUGUCCCAUCUUUAAUUAG